AUGGCUGAGCCAGGGUCUGCCGAGAAGCCCCCACCGCCUCGCCCCGCAACGCCCGGCGUUGCUGCUCACUCUGCGUCCUCAGGAUCGCUCGUUUCGAGGAUCGGGAGUUCGAGGGGUUACCGGUACGCUCAGGCAGCGUGGAGAUGGAAGGGACUCGUCUUGGGAGGCGUGGCAGUCACGUAUGCGGUCGUAUCCUGGAAUGCCGAAAAGGCCAAGGCGCGGAAGCGCGACACGAUCCAUCCCAAUACGUACCUGUACUGGAAGAUCUACGACGGCGGAAUCGUCGAAGCCAAGUCGGCAGGCUCGAACCUCAACUACCUGCUCUCCAGCUCGCAACGAGGAGCGCCUGAAGAACCGCCACGAGUAAUGGAGCUCUUCGAGGUCAUCCGGACGAUCAAAUUCGUCGAGAACGACGACCGGAUCAAGGGCAUCAUCGCCGACUUUUCCCAUACCUCGAUCCCCUCCGUCCCCUCGUACAAUCUCGGCCUUGCGCAACUCGAGGAGAUCCAGGACGCACUGUUGGAGCUGCGACGGGUCAAGCAGGAACGGCUCGGUCGGGAUGAAUGGAGGACAGUUGCCUGGACGGACACCUUCACCUCGCAGGGACAGUACCUGCUGGCGUCGACUUUCGACGAGGUAUACUGCCAGCCGACCGGCGAAGUCCCUCUCGUCGGUCUCGGCUCGACUACCCCCUUCUUCGGACGGUUAGCCCGAUGGCUUGGUAUUGAGGUGCACGCCGAGGCAAGAAAGGAGUACAAAUCGUUCGUCCAGCCUUACAUCGACGAGAAGUUCACCGACCCGCAACGAGAAAACACGCACCAGCUCCUCUCAGACCUGAACGACAACCUCCUCGCCUACAUCGGCCGCAACCGGUUUAGCGACAAGUCGGGCGUCGACUCGCUCGAGCACGUCAAGGCGCUCACGCAGGUCGGGCCGUUCAGCGCGGCGCAGGCGAAGGAGAAAGGGUUGAUCGAUGGGCUGUGCUACAGGCAGGACGUGCUGGACUCGGUCCUGCUUGGGAAGAAGGAGGAAGAUGCUGAGGUGCCGAAGGAGGUUGAGGCGCCGAAGGAGGCUGGGCAACAAGACGGGCUGGUCAAGGGGGCAACAGCGGCGGCGCACGAGCAGAAGCCGGAGAACAAGCUCAUGGGCUUCUACCACUACCACAAGGUGCUCGAAAAGGCGGUCGAGAAGCACAUGGCGCAAGAGACGAUUCCGAUCGGCGUCGUCUACUUGCAGGGGACCAUUGGCGACGUCGGCGAGUUCGGCACUGCCUCGGUCGUUCGCGGCUUGAAGGAGGCGGGUGAGGACGACACCAUCGGCGCCGUCGUCCUUCGUAUCGACAGCGGAGGCGGAUCCGUCAUCGAUUCUGACACGAUUUGGGGAGCCGUCCGCGACUUGCGGGAGAAGUACGGCAAGACGGUCGUUGCGAGUUUCGGGAACUCAAGCGCGAGUGGAGGGUACUGGGUCUCGACACACACCGAUGCCAUCCUCGCAGCUCCUUCCACCGUGACUGGCAGCAUCGGCGUCGCCGCCCUCCGGCCAACCUUCCUCCAAUCCUUCUUCGACCGCCUCCACAUCUCCCUCGAAUCCUUCUUCACCGGCUCGCGCGCGCAAGAUCCGACACACUCCCUCACACCUGCCGAACUCGACCGCUACCGGAAGAGCGUCGACGACAUGUACGACGACUUCAAGCGGCGAGUAUGCGAAGGACGGGAGAUCAGCCCCGAGGUUAUCGAGGGUAUCGCGGGCGGAAGGGUCAUGACUGGCUUGCGAGCGUUCGAGAUCAACGCUCCGAAGGAGCUCAUCGACCACCUCAAGGGGCUGGAUAUCCCAGCGGCGGAGGGAGCCGAGGCGGCGGGAUCCAAGGAGGAGGCGCCGAAGAUCCAGGAGAUCGAAGCACCUUCGUCGAGCGAAGGAGCGGCGGACUCGAAUGAGGUGGCGGCUGCAGCUGCCAAUGGACCGCUCGCGACUCUGCCGGAGGACCAGGAGACUUCGCCAUUUGCCGUUCCGGAAGUCGCCUCGACUCCCGAACUCGCUGCCCCAGUCGCCACCGCAGAACUGCCUUCCUCAGCUUCUCCCAUCGACGCUGCCACCCCUACCACGAUCCCGGAUUCGUCCACCGAAUCCGAUCCUGCAGCCGUGCAUGCCCAACAAGCGCUUUUCACGUCGACGGCCGAAGAGCAGGCGGCGUCCGCGUCACUCCCCAGGCACAAGAAGGGGUCAUCGGCCGUUGGAGCAGUCAAUGGCGCAGCGGGAGAGUACGAGUACGAGCCGGGACCAUACGGGCGAGGCUUGAUUGACGGACUGGGCGGGUUGCGAGACGCGGCUGUUUACGCAUGCCAGCUCUUCAUCGCCAACGGCAUCGCCGGCUACAAGGAGGAGAACCCAGGCGUGUCGGACGACGAGGCUAUCAGGAUGCUGUUGCCGGACGCCAAGUUCGCCAUCAUGGAGGACGGCGAGGUCGCCAUGCAGGUCGAUGUCACGCUCAAGCGGUUCCCGGUCCAGAAGAGCUUUUGGCAGCAGCUUGCGGAGGCAUCAAGGCGAGGCGACUCGCUCGGCGACUCCGUCCACGCUCUCUUUUCGCCGACUCUCGCUGCCUUGCGUGUCGCAACGGCCAAGUGGUUCCUCGGUGCCGUCGCCGACAGCGUUGUGGAGGAGCUGAAUGCAACAGCGAACGGCGCGGGAGUCCGGGGAACAGCAACACCUGGACUUGGGCGAGGAGCGCGGUGGACCGGUCUGAUGGCGGGCGAAAAGAGGGCGGAAUAUGCGCCGGGCGCACGGUGGGUGUAA